AUGUCUGUGGUGCCGGGCCUUGGGGGCAGCUUCACGCAGGAAAGUCAGCGGAAAAGGCAGCCUGGCUCACACCCGGCCGCUCAGGCAGGGAAGGCUACAGCCUCUUACCCCACGGCGAGGCGAGGAGCAGGGCUGCGCCAGGCGGGCUCAGCCGGCGGUAUCGCCGAAGGAGUUAGAGGCUGCCCGCUCCGCGGAGCUGCCGGGCGUUGCUGGUUUGGUCUCCGCCAGGCACCGUCGUCGCUGCGGUGCUGGCCAAGAGGCAACAGAAAACAUGGUGCAUCAUUUAUCAUCACCAGAGCAAUUACAGGUCCUGCAUUGUUUUUACUUCGGUACAUUUGGUACAGCCCUGCAAAGUUUUGUCUGCCCACUGGACUGAUUCGUCUAGUUAGUAAGCAGAUCAACUGGCACCUAGUACUUGCAAGCAAUGGUAAACUGUUGGCAGUUGUUCAAGACCAAUGUGUAGAAAUCAGGUCUGCAAAAGAUGACUUUGGAUCCAUAAUUGGAAAAUGUCAAGUGCCAAAGGACCCGAACCCUCAGUGGAGGCGAGUGGCAUGGAGUCACGAUUGUACGUUACUUGCUUAUGCUGAAAGCACUGGAACAGUGAGAGUGUUUGACCUAAUGGGGAGUGAGCUUCUGGUCAUUACACCAGUAACAAGUUUUCCGGGAGACCUGAGUUAUGCUAUUGCUGGAUUGAUCUUUCUAGAAUACAAAGCAAGUGCCCAAUGGUCAGCCGAAUUGCUUGUCAUUAAUUAUCGUGGAGAACUGAGAAGUUAUCUUGUAAGUGUUGGAACAAAUCAAAGCUUUCAAGAAAGUCAUAGUUUCAGCUUUAGCAGCCAUUAUGCCCAUGGAAUAACUACUGUUGUUUAUCAUCCUGGUCAUAGACUUUUGCUUGUAGGAGGCUGUGAAACAGAUGAAGAUGGGGUAUGUAAAGCAACUGGUUGCGGGAUAUCUGCUUGGAGAGUUCUGUCAGGCUCUCCCCAUUACAAACAGGUCACUAGUUAUGAAGAUGACAUUAGAACAGCACAGAGAAGAGGAUUAUUAAGGAUUAUGAAUUUAAGAUUUUAUAGCAGGCGGGGAACAGAACAGGAUGGAGUUUUCAAGAUGAAUCUUUCUCCUGAUGGAGCUCUUCUGGCAGCUAUUCAUUUCUCAGGAAAACUGACAAUCUGGUCUAUUCCAUCUCUCAGACAACAAGGAGAAUGGGACCAAAGUGAUCAGCCAGGUUAUGAUGAGAUCAACCCAGACUGGAAACUGUCUAGUGAAAAAAGAAAGAAAAUAAAAGAUAAAGAAUCCUAUUUCCCAUUGAUAGAUGUAAAUUGGUGGGCAGAUAAUUCUAUCAUCCUGGCUCGCUGCUCUGGUGCAUUGACUGUGUCAUCAGUCAAGACCUUAAGAAACUUGCUGGGAAGGUCGUGUGAAUGGUUUGAGAGUUCUCCUCAGGUCACUUCUGCUCAUGAUGGAGGAUUUCUAAGCCUGGAGUGUGAGAUAAAACUUGUUCCAAAAAGAUUGCGCUUGGAGAGCAGGCCUGGUGAUGAAGAUGAGGGAGAAGAUGACUCUGACUCAGAUGAUGAAACUUCUACUAAGGACAGGUACUUCAGCUACCUGAAGCAAGGCCUGUACUUUGUGACAGAAAUGGAACGAUUUGCUCCUCCGCGGAAGCGUCCACGUACUAUUACAAAGAAUUUCCGCCUUGUGAGUUUGAGAUCCACGACUCCAGAGGAACUGUACCAGAGAAAAAUUGAUAAUGAAGAAUAUGGGGAAGCUCUGUCUUUGGCUCAAGCAUAUGGCCUUGAUUCUGAUCUUGUGUAUCAAAGACAGUGGAGGAAGUCAACUGUUAACGUUGCUUCAAUUCAAGACUACUUGAGCAAAAUCAAGAAGCGCUCAUGGGUUCUUCACGAGUGCCUGGAAAGAGUUCCAGAGAAUGUGGAUGCUGCUAAGAAGCUGCUUCAGUACGGCUUGAAAGGCACGGACUUGGAGGCUCUUGUGGCCAUAGGAAAAGGAGAAGACGGUGGCAGGUUUAUCUUACCUGGGGACGUGGACAUUGAAAUUCCCUAUGAAGACUUUUUGUCACCAGCUGAAGAAAUGGAUACUAGAAAGAAAAAGGAAUCCAGGAAGUGUCAAGAGCUGCUAUUAACAGUAAACUUCUCAAAACUGACACUGGAACAAAAAGAACUCUGCCGUAGCAGACUGAAGCUGUUAACUUACCUGGAUCGCCUUGAAACCUACGAGGAAAUCCUUGGAGGGCCUCAUGCAGCUGAACAGCACUAUGAUGGUGAAUUCUUCAAAAAGUUCAGAAAUCAGAAUAUUGUACUUUCAGCAAGAACUUAUGCUCGGGAAAGCAAUGUCAGAGCCCUGGAAAUUCUGUUCACUUUCCAUGGAUCAGCUUUACUUCCACACAGACAGGCAAUUCUCUCCAAUUUCCCAGAGACUACUUCACCACACGAAUAUGCUUUCUUGUUGCCUGAAGCUUGUUACAACCAAGGGAAAUUGAAGAUUCUUCCUUGGAAUGAGCAGAAACAUCGUGAAGAGGACUGGUGUGAAAAAGCAGAAUGCAGGGUGAUUGUUGAACCAACUUCACAAGAUGAAGGCGAAUUUCUGUAUGAAAUGCAACCUGAGUUACUGAAGUACAGGACUACUGACCUUUCAGUAGAUCUCGUUACUGAUUGGUAUUUGAGCAGAGCACAGGAAAUUGAAAAAUGUGCGAUGCAGGUGGACUGUGCUCUGUCCCUUGUUCGUCUUGGUAUGGAGAGGAAUAUUCCAGGUCUGCAGGUGCUGUGUGACAAUCUGAUCACUCUUGAGACAGUAGUUUAUGAGACUGGUGGUGAUCCAACCUUAACUUUGAAGGAACUUGUAGAGAUGAAAGACAUUGAAAAGCUGAGACUGCUGAUGAAGAAUUCCUCUGAUGAAAAAUAUGUGAAGAAUGUUUAUCAGUGGAUGAUCCCUUUUCUCCACCGCUGUGAAAAUCAGUCCCUUGGUCUUGCAAAUUCGCUCUUUAAAGAAUAUUUAGUAACUUUAGCAAAGGAAGACCUAACUCUACCUCUGAAGAUAUUUCAGAAUUCAAAACCUGCU